CUACUGACCAUGUCAACAGAGUUCCAGGAUGCUCACCUUGCAGAGGUGAAACCUCUGGUGGAGAAGGAGGAGGCUAUCACUCGCCUCCUUCCAGACUUCGAUGUUCAGGAGCAAGACGUGGAGACCGUGCAUGGCUCAGUGCGUGUCACCAUGUGUGGCACUCCCAGGGGGAACCGUCCGGCCAUCCUCACCUACCACGACAUCGGCCUGAACCAUAAAACUUGCUUCAAUCCUCUCUUCAACUUUGAGGAUAUGCAGGAAAUCACCCAGCACUUUGCAGUCUGUCAUGUGGAUGCCCCUGGUCAGCAGGAUGGAGCACCAUCUUUCCAGGCUGGGUAUGUGUAUCCCUCCAUGGAUCAGCUGGCUGAAAUGAUUCCUGGAAUUCUGAAACAGUUUGGGCUGAAGACCAUCAUAGGAAUGGGAACUGGAGCCGGUGCUUACAUUUUAACUAGAUUUGCUUUAAACCAUGCAGAGAUGGUGGAGGGAUUAGUUCUCAUUAAUGUAAACCCUUGUGCUGAAGGUUGGAUGGACUGGGCAGCAACUAAGAUUUCAGGUUGGACAAAUGCUUUGCCAGACAUGGUCAUUUCACAUCUAUUUGGAAAGGAAGAGAUUCACAGCAACCAUGACCUGAUCCAUACUUACCGUCAGCAUAUCAUUAAUGAUAUGAAUCAAACCAACCUUCAUCUCUUUGUCAACUCUUACAACAGUCGGCGAGACCUAGAGAUUGAGCGCCCUGUUCCUGGAGUGAAUGUUGUCACCCUUCAGUGUCCUGUCCUCCUGGUGGUUGGUGACAGCUCCCCAGCUGUGGAUGCUGUGGUUGAAUGUAACUCAAAGCUGGACCCAACAAGGACUACGCUUCUGAAGAUGGCUGACUGUGGUGGGCUCCCCCAAGUUUCCCAGCCUGCCAAGCUUGCUGAAGCUUUCAAAUACUUUGUUCAGGGAAUGGGAUACAUGCCCUCUGCCAGCAUGACCAGGCUGAUGAGGUCCCGCACGGCUUCUGGCUCCAGUGUGACCUCCUUGGAAGGGCAGAGGAGCCGCUCUCACACCGGGGAAGGCACGAGGAGCCGCUCUCACACCGGGGAGGGAACGAGGAGCCGGUCCCACACCGGGGACGGCUCCAGGAACCGCUCCCACACAGACACACGGAUCGAGCUGACGCCAAACUCGGCGAGCAACGCUGAACAAUCAAGCCCCAAGUCCAUGGAAGUGUCCUGUUAGAUGGCUGUGGGAGGUUGUAAACUGGUCACAGUGUGAAAAAGUAAUGGAUGCCCCCUGUGUAUCACAAAACCAUAACUGGUAUUAAUUUCUAGUUAUUCUGUAGGUUGAACUCUGUUCACCAGGGUCUGAGAGGGACCAAAGAAAAGAAGCAUCUCAUUUGCUCUAUCAUUAUUCUUGUAUCUCAGACAGCUGCUGCUAUUGUGCCCUCCUUCAGUGG